AUGAGGCAGAUGUUAAAACUAGCAUUGAAUUGGUUGUCAUACAAAAACAAGGAUGAAUGGUUGGAACAGAUGAGAGGAAAUAUGAGUGUAGUAGCAGUAUUCAUAGCAACAUUAACAUUUCAAAUGGCAAUAAGUCCACCCGGUGGUGUUAGGUCUGUUGAAGAGAACAACAAAGCUCAAAAGGGAAAUAUAUUAUGUGCUGACAAUGCCCUUUCGGAGCUAUGUCCGGGGGAAGCUGCUUUGGCCAUUGUAUACCCUGCUGACUAUUAUGACUUCCUUCUUUGGAACACAAUAUGUUUCAUUUCAUCGCUAAGUGUUUUACUCUUGCUUAUGAUCAGUGGUAUUCGUUGGAGUCAUAGGUUUACUAUGUGGCUUUUUUCUAUUAGCAUGUGUUUCACUCUCACAUCUCUUCUUGUUACUUACCGAAUAGCAAUAUUAAUGGUUACCCCAGUUCCUGUCACGGGUGGUAUUAAUAUGGAUUUGCUUUCAACGUUGCUUUAUAUUUGGAUUGUAUUCUUUGGCUUCUUAGGUUUGUUACCCACAGUGCGUAUUAUUAUUUGGAAUACAAAAUAA